AUGCUAUGUGACUGGAUGGAAGACAUUUGGCUGAUCCCCAUCCCACCCAAGAUAAGAGUUUUUCUUUGGAAUAUAGUACAACGCGCUCUACCGUUGGGAGAGACUCUAGCUUCAAGAGGUAUCUCAACAACGAGCUUCGCUUGCACCCAUUGUGGAGAUAGAGAGACGGCGAACCAUCUAUUCUUGACUUGUCCUUUUGCGAGACAGGUUUGGAACCAGACCCCGAUCCAUAAUGUGAUAAACAUAAUUGAUUCUGCAGAUUUUCAAGGAGCCCUCAAAGACUCAAAGAAGACCAUGAACCUUCCUCCUACAGGAAUGAGAAUGGGAUCUCUUUUUCCAUGGAUAUGCUGGAACAUAUGGAUUGCUAGGAACCAUAAGAUAUUUCAGAACAGGUAUUUUGAGGCGAAGGAGGUCCUCUCGAAAGCGGUUGCGGACGCACUGGAAUGGCAAACAGCUCAGGAGCAGCCAAUCACUAGCUUGGCCACUGAGCAGAACACAAUUGCUCAACCCCCUCCUCCCCAAGCGAACCCAGAUAUCAUCACGGUGAACACAAAUGCAGCUUGGAAGGAAUCAGAACAGAAAGCUGGGUUGGCUUGGCUGUUCUCGGAUAACACAUGCAUGAUCCUGGUGCAGGGAACCUCGCUGGAACUCUACGUCCCCUCCCCGUUAGUGGCAGAGGGCUUGGCGAUAAGAGAAGCAUUACUCCAAGCGCAAGCUCUUGGUUUCAACAAACUAAGUAUCAAAUCAGACGCUCAGAUCAUCAUCAGAGCUAUCAAUAGGAGAGACCCAAUCAAGGAACUUUGUGGAAUCCUUGAGGAUAUCCUAAACUUGUCUUGUUACCUCUCUGUUUCCUCUUUCAAUUUUAUUUCUCGCAAAGACAAUAUGAUCGUUGAUGCUCUUGCUAAGAGAGUAUUAGUUGAGACAAUCGUUGUGUAA